UUCUGUGUAUUGUAGCCUAUUUGUAUAUGUCUUCCUGCUUUCAACUGCUGCCUGUCAGCACAAGAGUCAGUCUUUUUAUCGCUUCACUGUAGUAUACUCUGUAUUUUACCUCAUUAUAAUGGAUAAUAACAGCUGAGAGGAGACGUUUCACUGCGUCUGACAAAUAUACUGAGAUCUUGGUUUGUGGUGCUUCUCAUAAGCCUGACCAGAAAGUUUACACGUCGUUGUUCGUGUGCUGAAGGUAUGGGGUUCGCAGAGGAUUUGUGGUGUCCUCAGGGUCACUCGGCCCUGAUGAAACUGCAAGACUCUGAGCUGCGACUGAUGGAGGUCAUGAAGAAGUGGAUGACGCAGAGGGCGAAGAGCGACCGCGAGUUCUCCGUGCAGCUGCAUCAGAUGUUGGCCACGGUGGAGAAGCUGGACGGCUCUCAGCCUGGUGGAGGUCUGGACUACAUUAGCCAGUUUAACAAAUCGUGGAACGUGUUGGUCAAUCAAACGGAGAGCCUCAGUCGUAUCCUGCGAAAGCAUUCGGAGGAGUUGAUGGUGGGUCCGCUCAGCAAACUCACCCUCCUCAUUCGGGACAAACAGCAGCUGAGGAAGACUUACGGAGAACAGUGGAACCUUCUCAACCAGGAGCUCUGCAGGGUCACCCAAACUGAGUUGGACCGACUGAAGUCCAGUUACAGACAGCUUGUACGAGAUGCUGCCCAGGCCAAAAGAAAGUACCAGGAAGCAAGCAAAGACAAAGAACGUGACAAAGCAAAGGAACGCUACAUCAAAGCUACUCUGAAGUUACACGAACACCACAAUGAAUAUGUGCUGUCGGUGAAGGCCGCUCAGGUGCAUCAUCAGCUCCACUACGGUAAAAGCCAGCCAGCCUUACUGGGAGCACUGCAGACGCUGCAAGAAGAAAUGGUGCUCAUUCUGAAAGAGAUCCUGCAGGAGUAUUUUGAUCUGUCUAGUCUUGUGCACGAUGAGGUGGUGAGCGUUCACACUGAAAUGGCCGAUGCCCUGAAGGCCAUCCAACCUAACAAAGAAUAUGACAACUUCAUUCAGCAGAACAGGUCGAGAGGAGAGGUUCCUGCUUGCAUGGAGUUUGACAGCAGUUUGCUGGAGGAUGCUGAAGGUCUGAAAGCAGAAGAUCUGCAGCUUAAUGAGGUCACAUUAGAGGGAAUCCAGCAUCGUCUCACUGCUGUGGAGGAAGAACUCAUGAAUGUGGCAAGAACUUUGGGUUCUCAGCAGGCUACUGUUAACCAGCUGGAGAUGGAGCUGGAGGAUGAGGACCGAUCGACAAACAUAGGCCAGAGGGCAUACCAGUUCAGUAAGCGUAAUGCUCUGGAGGACAGCAGACAGCAGGUGGUUCUGUCUAUGGUAGCUCGGGCUCGACUGGAGGCUCAACGGAGGCUUCUGUCUGAUAAACUGCAGUCUCUGGGCAGUAAAGAAGCACCUUCUCUGGACCUGGACGAUGAUCGGAUAUCGAUUACCUCCAACAAUACAGCGCUGGAACGUGACAAAGAUCACAAACUGAUCAACAUGGACCUGAUCGUCGGUCACCUCAGCAGCUUGUUCAAGCCCAAGUACACGGUUCCUCCGGCCGUGACGCCCGUGCCAGAGGUGGAGAAGCCCUUGACCCAGCAGGGCUGGUAUCACGGUGCCAUCCCUCGCCUGGAGGUGCAGGAACUGCUGAAGAAUGAUGGGGACUUUCUGGUUCGAGAGAGUCAAGGCAAACAGGAAUAUGUGCUGUCUGUGCACUGGGGCGGUCAAUGUCGCCAUUUCCUCAUUCAGAGUACAGACGGUAUGUAUCGUCUUGAUGGUGAAGGUUUCGCCACUGUACCUUUGUUGAUGAAUCAUCUCCUCAACUGCCGAAAUCCUGUCACAAAGAGGUCAGACAUUGUGCUGAAGAAACCCAUUCUUAAGGAUAAGUGGGUUUUGGAACAUGAUGAAGUUGUCCUGGGGCAGAGCAUUGGUCGGGGGAACUUUGGUGAGGUGUUCAGCGGACGCCUGCGUUCAGACAACACACCGGUCGCUGUGAAAGCCUGCCGAGAGAAUUUACCAUUAGAGCUAAAAAAUAAAUUCCUGAUGGAGGCCAGGAUUCUUAAACAGUAUGACCAUCCAAACAUAGUGAAGCUCAUAGGCGUCUGUACGCAGAAACAGCCGAUAUAUAUCAUCAUGGAGUUGGUUCAAGGAGGAGACUUCCUGACAUUUCUCCGUGCAGAGGGCCAAAACUUAAAGACCAGUAUGUUGAUUAAGAUGGCAGAGAACGUGGCGUCUGGCAUGGCCUAUCUGGAGGCCAAAAAGUGCAUUCACCGAGAUCUGGCUGCUCGUAACUGUCUGGUAGGAGAGGAGAGUGUGGUGAAGAUCAGUGAUUUCGGGAUGUCCCGUCAGGAGCAAGAUGGUGUGUAUUCUUCUGCAGGAGGAAUGAAGCAGGUCCCAGUAAGAUGGACCGCACCAGAAGCCCUUAAUUACGGGCGGUACACCACUGAGAGUGACGUGUGGAGUUUCGGAGUGUUGCUAUGGGAGACGUUCUCCAGAGGAGUCACUCCUUAUACUGUACCACACGUCAUGACUAACCAACAAACCAGAGAAGAAAUCGAGAAAGGAUAUCGCAUGCCACCACCCACUAACUGUCCAGAUGAGAUCUACGCACUGAUGGGUCAGUGUUGGCAAUAUGACCCAAGAAAUCGACCUUCGUUUAAAAAACUAAGGAAAGAUUUAUACGCUUUAUGCCAGUGACACUCAUACAUGCUCACAGAUUGACCAAUAAUAAUAUUAAAUUAUUUCAAAAUGUUAACUGAAAAUUCGUAGUUUUCAUAUUAAAGGGGACAUAUCAUGACAAUGUUUAAGUGCUAUAAUUGGGUCUACAAUGCUUUUAUCUGGAAAAUAAAAAAAAAGAACAACCCAGUAACUUUUCUCUGCAAGCAUGUGAAAAAAUAGGAAAUUUGGCUCCACUUGUGAUGUCAGAAAGGGAUAAUACCGCCCCUUAAUCUGCACUAUCCAAUCAAGGCACUGGCAUUUAGUGCAGAUAUCAGCUCAUUUUCAUUUUAAAGGACACAUCCAAAAACGGGACAUUAUUGGUCGCUCCUACAAAGUGGUAAUUUUAACAUGCUAUAAUAAAUUAUUUAUAUGAUAUUUUGAGCUAGAACUUCACAUGCAUACUCUGGGGAGACCAAAGAUUUAUUUGACAUCUUAAAAAGGUCUAGUGAAAUGUCCCCUUUAAUAUAAAGCGAUGCCAUCAGAUAGCGUAUGAUUUAAAGCUGCUAUCCAUAACUUUAGCCUCUCUAUCGCCAUCUCUGUUUGAAACAUAAAAUUGCAGGUUCAUUUAGAUACUUACUGACAUUUCCCACUAAAUAAUACCAGACUGUUCAACUUAUUUAUCCAUAUUAGAUUACACUGAAUGAACACUGAAUCUUGUUGCAUUAACUGAUUUUUGUUCAUUUUUAACCAAAAAAGUUUUUGGAUUACAGCUUUAAUUGAAAUAGCUAUUUUUGUACAUAUUUGAAGCUGGAUACAGUAAUGUCUUCCUCUAAAUGUUUAUUUAAUUAAUGUUUUAAUACCGAAUAAAUUCCUUAUAUUUACUAUAUGGAAGUAUUGUAAAUAAAAUCUAAUUUAAAAUCA